AUGGAGGACAAUGAAAUAUAUGGAAGCCUACCAUCAGGUAUUGGAAACCUCCUCAAUCUCGGUAACAUUGAUAUGGCAAUGAAUUAUCUUAGUGGCCCUAUUCCUACCACCAUUGGGAAACUUCAUAAUUUGCAUGGACUUUACUUAGGCGUAAACUAUUUCACACAACUACCAUCUUCAAUAGGUAACUUAACUUUGCUAAAUGAUCUCUACUUGGUGCAAAACAAAAUCCAUGGAAGCAAACCUUCGAGUCUCGGCAACUGUAAGAGCUUGUUGAAUUUAAAUCUUGCUCAUAAUAAUUUCCAUGGCUCAAUACCCCUUGCAAUUAUGGGUCUCUCUUCCAUUUCAAUUUCCUUCGACUUAUCUUACAAUGCGUUGAUUGGUUCUCUUCCAUUAGAAGUUGGGUCUUUGAAAAAUCUUGCAACAUUAGAUGUGUCCAAUAAUAGAUUAUUAGGAUCUAUUCCGAACUCUCUAGGCAAUUGUUUGAGUUUGGAAUGGCUACAUUUGGAAGGUAAUUCAUUUGAAGGCAAGAUACCUCAAAGUUUGAGAGAGUUAAGGGGUUUACAAGAGUUGGACCUUUCACGCAACAAUUUAUCGGGGCAUUCCAUACUUCGUCUUCCUCUCUGCCCAUCCUCAAAGUCCAACAAGAAUAAGCUCUCUCACAAGAUGAAAGUGAUACUCACUGUUGUGGUUGUUCUUAUGUUAUGUUCAAUUUUGUUGGUUUGCUUAUUCAUGUUCCUUCAUUGGCAACGUGUUUCAAGAAAGAAGGCCUUUUCGGUGCCAUCACUCAAGCACCAUCUGUUACGGGUUUCUUAUGCAAAACUUUUGAAAGCUACUGAUGGAUUCUCAAAGGACAAGCUAAUUGGUGUUGGGAACUAUGGUUCUGUUUAUAAAGGAAUUCUUGAUCAAGUUCAGACAAUAGUGGCAAUAAAAGUACUCAAUCUCCAACUCAGAGGAGCUUCUAAAAGUUUUAUGUCAGAAUGCAAAGUACUAAGAAUCACAAGACAUAGAAAUCUCUUGAAAAUUUUGAGCGCUUGUUCUAGUGUGGAUUUCCAAGGUAAUGAAUUUAAGGCUUUGGUAUAUGAGUUUAUGGCCAAUGAAAGCUUAGAGAAAUGGUUGCAUCAUGAUGGAAUCGAAAAUAAUAGACAAGAAGAAGAAUCCAGAAAUCUAAAGUUGAUUCAAAGGCUAAACAUUGCCAUAGAUGUUGCUUCUGCAAUUGAGUAUCUUCACUGUCAUUGUGACUCAACAAUUAUUCAUGGUGAUCUAAAGCCAAGUAAUGUUCUUUUGGAUGAUGAGAUGAUCGCUCAUGUUGGAGACUUUGGGUUAGCCAAAAUUAUCUCCACUAUUUCAGAUGAGGUGGUACAACAUCAGAGCAAUUCAACUACAGUAAGGGGCACUAUAGGCUAUGUUGCUCCAGGUAUGGGUUCUUUAUAA